UCAGGGCUGGCUGCGCGUCUCUGUGAAGCCCUGCCUUCUGAGAUGAGUUGAUAGCCAUCUGCCGGAUUACAGUCUGUACGCAGCCAGUGAGAGCUUUAUUCUCUUUGAAUGAGGAAAACAUCGUGUCUGCCUGCCUGAAAGCUGUCACAUGGGGCCGAGGAGAGAGAAUGGGGGGGGGGGGAGAUUCGCUUCCUGAAAUGCUUCUAGUCACUGGCUGUGUAUUGUUUGUUUUCUCUCUUUAACGUAACAUCGCAUCGCGUUUCAUUUCCCGUCCGGAUCUUUUGCUGUCGGCUCUGAUGAUGAUCAGCAAAGUUAAAAACGCAAUGUCCACUCUGGUGGGAGGGAUGAUGCCUCACGGACACCACCACCACAACCAUCACUCAGGUGGCGGCCAGACCUGUGGACCGGACAGCCUGCCGCCGCGCUUCCCCUACGGCCGGCCGGAUUUCUUGGACCUCACCCCGGAGCUCCUGCAGUACUCAACCGAGCACGCAUCACGGCCGGUGCUCACGUUAAAGAGAGACAGCAGGCUUCCCUGGCGGACAGGAUACGCAGAGGUGAUCAAUGCGGGGAAGAGCAUGCUGAACGAGGACCAGGCCUCUUGUGAGAAAUUGUUUGUGAAGAAGCCGAGCAGCAAACAGCGCAACUCCUCUCUGCUGGAGGACAAUGGGGAUGGUACAGGAAUCCCUCUUCACUUUUGGGGCGUGUAUGAUGGACACGCAGGUUCUGGCGCUGCCAUCAUGGCCUCCAAGCUUCUUCACCGCCUCAUUAGAGACCGUUUGGGAGAAAUCUUCCACCUGCUGGAGAACCCCACCAGUGCACCUCCUAUCUGCCUGGCCAAGAACGGCAGCCCGUACCAGGCGGACACCAAGAAGGGAGCUGCACAGGAAACAGAAGACCCUGAUGCUGUCAACGACUCCUCAUUACGCUUUCACAUGGAGAAGGUUGUCAGUUUGGAGAGCCUGGUGAUGGGAGUCAUAGAAACCGCCUUCACACAGAUGGAUGACCUAAUUGAAAAGGAAAAAAUGUCGUAUGCCAUCUCUGGUGGGUGUUGUGCCUUAGCUGCCAUUUAUUUAAUGGGGAAACUCUACAUUGCCAAUGCUGGCGAUAGCAGGGCCAUAAUCAUACGAAAUAAUGAAGUUAUUCCCAUGACAAAUGAAUUCACACCUGAGUCAGAGAGGCAGCGGCUACAGUAUCUGGGCUUCCUGAGGCCAGAGCUCCUGGGUAAUGAGUUCACUCACAUUGAGUUCCCUCGUAGGAUCCAGCACAGUGAGCUGGGCAAAAAGAUGCUCUACAGAGACCACACCAUGACUGGCUGGGCUUAUAAAACGAUCGUUGAAGAUGAUCUGAAAUUCCCCCUGAUAUACGGAGAGGGUAAAAAGGCACGUGUCAUGGCGACAAUCGGAGUGACCCGUGGGCUAGGAGAUCAUGAUCUGAAGGUGUACAACUCCAACAUUUACAUCAAGCCCUUCCUCUCAUGCGUCCCUGAGGUGAAGGUUUAUAACUUGGAUGAAAACAAACACGGCCCAGACGAUGUCUUGGUCAUGGGCACAGAUGGAUUGUGGGACGUAACAACAGACAGGGAAGUGGCAGAUGCUGUGUCAGCUUACUUAUCCUGCUGUGACCCAUCUGAUCCCAUGAGGUACACUCUGGCAGCCCAGGACCUGCUGAUGAGGUCCCGAGGCGUGCUGAAAGAGCGCGGCUGGCGGCUACCCAAUGAAAGACUGGGCUCAGGCGAUGACAUCACUGUGUUUGUCAUCCCACUGGCAGGGCAGGAGUCAGAGACAUGACAAGGUGUUGCAGCGACCGCUAUUACAGGGAUCAAGCUUUAGGGUCCUUCCCAUGGUCCCUCCAAGCUCCUUAAACCCUGGACCGACGGGGCGGCGGGAGAAGAAAACACCUUUGUCAUCGGAGAAGACUCGGGUCUGAGCCGCACCUUCAUCAACCCAGACCAACACAUUCUCACUCCCAGCGCUUCGAAAAGCGACGCUUGGUCAGGUGCCUUUGGCGUUGUUAGUAGUCUAUGUCCAUGACGUUCCACUUCCAAGAUUGCUCCGUUGCUCCCAGAAAUUCCGCCAGGAUUUCACACUUUUUUCGGUCGGAUGUCUGUCACCUUCCGCUUACUUUGUGUUGGAAUUUUAAACUCGUGAACUGCUCCUUAGAUCUCUGCAAAGUAAAUCUAGAUAGCUAGCUAGAUUACAGUAUAUGUCCAAUCUGCGUUUUCUGUUGCAUGACUAAAACAACUUUUGAACGUACACUUUCCACCAAAACAAGUUCCUUCCUGAGGCUAUUUUGCAGCAGCACCGUGGCUCUGCCCGGUG